CUACUCUCGGCGGGACAUUCUGAGCCUCAGGCUGCGAGGCCUGCUGCUCAACUCACGAGUGUGGACCAGCUCUUCCUCUCUCUCCCUCACUCUCUCCUCUCUCGAAGCCUUCGACCUCUGGAGCACCUCAGGAGCUGCAAAGGGCACACUUGACGCCUCUGCUUCGUUUGCCGGACCAGGCUCUCAGGGCAUGCGAGCGGGCGUAGGCAUGGGAGGAGGCGUAAGCAGUGAAAGGAGACGAAUUUCUCCAUCCUCCUCUCAGGAGGAUGAGGCCGUCAGGAUUCUCUUUCCACAGCUCCCGCACUCCUCACUGCACGACUUCCUCCCUCCAUCCCACCCGUCGCACCCCUCCUUCCACUCCGCAGCCUCCUCCUUCGCCUCGCCCUCCACCGUCUCCUCGCCCUCCCCAGCAGGCCACGGCCAUCUGCUGCUGCGCUCUGCCAGUUCUGCCUGGGGCCUGGGCCGCCCAGCCCUAGGGGCGGGCCUGGGAGGACCUGUGGGGGGCGGGGGGAAGGGGCAGAUGCUACCACGUACUGAUUCUCGCGUGGGGUUGGGGGUGGGGGUGGGGACGGAUGGGAGGCUGGGCAUGCUGCUGGGAGCAGGUGCUGGGAUUGGGUACCCGGGGUCACAUGCCUAUCCCCAUGCCAAUGCGCCUCUGGCAGGGCAUGGCUAUAGUUCUGCACACAUGGGCAUGGGCAUGGGCAUGAGCAUGGGGGUGGGCAGUGGAGGUUGGGCGAACAUGCGACGUAACCAGUCAGCUCUGGGUAUUGGUGCGUUUGCUGCAGCAGAGCAUGCGGUUGCUAUGGGUGGUGGGGGCGAGAGAGGCAUGGGAGGAGGCGGUGAGAUGGGAGGGAGGGGCUAUGGGGGUGAGAGUGAGAUGCAUGGGUGGAGGCCUGUGGAGCAGAUGCAAGCUGUGGUGGCAAGACCGAUGCUGCGGGUGGAAAUCGAAGUGCACUCGCCACAUUCUCAUGGGCAUGGGCAUGAGCACGGGGAUGGUGGAGUGGGAGGGGAUGAGGCAGAAGGCAGUGCGGCCAAUGAAAUGGAGACAACAAUCUCGGUGGCAGUGGAGCCAGUGCAGGUGGUGGUGGGUGUGGAGGUGCUGAAGCGGGUGGCCAUGUUCUUCAGCCAUCCCACGACCGUGCCCACCCACCAAGAACAGGUGAUUGCGUCCAUCAACUCGCUGGACUCAACGACUGCUCGAGCCACAGCCAAGUCUGGCCUAGUGCUAGCCACGCGCAAGGUGCUGCAUCUGCAUGUGGACGUGGCAAGCGUCACGAUCGUUGUUCCGCACGCUGACACAUACCUCUCUGCCCGCCCCUGCCCCCUGCUGGGGCUACAGCUGGCGUCACUGCACAUCUCGUCCAUCCCUGAACCCCCUGAGCGGUCUCUCCUUGCACAAGCCCUCGCCUCCUCAGGCAACCUGCGAUCAGCACUCUCCGUCCUGGGGGAGAAGGGCCUGAUGGGCGGGAGUGACUCCCUCUCGCACUCCCUUUGCUGCCCCCUGCCUGCCCCUUCCUCGCAGGUAUUUCUGGUUCCACCGCCCCCUCGCACAGCACUACCCACACCACCGGCCCCACCAGUCUCCCACCCGUUCUGGCCAGGCUUGCCCCCAGGUGCACUGGGGGCACCAGGGAACAUGUGGAUGGGCGGUGGUGGUGGCAGCAGCAUGGCAGGAUCGGGCAGUGCAGGGGAGGGUGGCAGCGAGAGUGGCAGAGAGCUACCGCUAGUGGAGGAGUUUUCCGUCCACCUGCACCUGCUGCUCUGCGCUCUCUCAGGCGACCCUGCCACCACCAAAGCUGUUGUGAGUGCUGCCCUCCUUCCCACUUUACUCCACUUCACCAGCUUUCCACCUCACUCUCAUUCCCCUGCAGCACAGCCCUUUACCUUCCGCGUCCUCAGCAACAACCCUCUGCUUGCCUCAGGGCCCAUAGCUGUCCCACAUCGCGUGGGGCAGCUGCAAGGAGGAACGGGGGGUCAAGGUGCAAGGAGGGGGAUUGCAGGUGAGGCAGGAAGCGGGGGCGGUGUAAGGAGUGGCAGCGGGGGGAUGACUUCUACUCCCUCUUGGUCCGAAAUGCUUCACACCAUUCUGCAGCGUGACGCUGCCAAGGUGCCACAUCAGCUUCUGGCAUCGCCCGAUCUAGAAAACACCGGGCUUUCUUUGCUGCUACAGCAGCAGCAGCAGCAGGAGCAGGGGGACGCUGGAGGGGACGAAAGUGGGACUGUGAAUGAGGGUGGUGGCAGCAGCGGCGAUGGGAAAGCUGGAGGAGGAAUAGGGGGUUUGAGUCGGGUGCAGUCACGGAGGGUGGCAGUGGCGAGUGGCAUGGAUGUAUUAACAGGCACGCCCAUUUCCGAUGCAGGAGUGUCAGUGGGCAAAAUUACAGUGCGACUGGACUUGAGUAGCUCUUUGACAGAGUUGCAUGGUUCCAGCAGCAGCAAGCGCAGCAGGGCUGGGCAAAGCAGGGGGUCUGCAGGUGGGGGGGAAUCAGGAGGCCACGUGAUCACUCUUGAGGCUACUGGCUUGGACGUCCGCCUGGUUCAGAGGCUACUCGAGGAGCGCGUCUAUGCCACUCUGCACCGCAUCCAACUCACCGAUUCCUCGCGACCGCUCUCCUGCCCCACCCACCACAUCAUCCAAACGCACCUCCCCCCCUCGGCCAACCCAACCCUGGGUUUCCCUACCCUUGCUACAUCACACCCUCCCACACCCGCCUCCAUGCCCCAUUCCAUCCUCUCCUCCCCUUCUCUCUCCUUCCUGCCGGCCCCAUCACCACGACUCUGGCUCUCCCCACAAAUGCUCUCAGGUUUCUACACCCAAACAGACCCCUCGGCUCCCCACAUGCUCGUCUCCCGUGUCCUUUCCGCCCCCUCUCUCCCCGCGUGCCUCUCCUUCUCUUCGCUGCCCAUGCCCGCCAUACCAACUGCUGGCCAGGCAGGGCCUCCCAUGGGAGCAGCACUGGGUGGUGGAGCACUGGGUGGUGGCCAAUCCUCAGCAGAAAAUCCUGCCAGCACUGCUCACUGGCUGGGAGGAGAGAAUGUAGGCUUGGCAGGCGUAUCUGUCCCAGCCACUUCGGGAGCAGUGGCAGUAGACGGGGCAAGGGCAGGGGAGUGUGUGUUGCGUGUGGAGUUGUGCCUGAAAUCAAGGGCGCUGACUACACCCUCUCGUGACUCUACGUCCCUCUCCUUCCACCUCUCCUCCCUCCACCUCACCGCCUUCCAACCCACCCUCCUCGCCCUGCUAGCCUUCUCCUCCUCCCUCUCCACCCCCACUCCCCCCUCUCCCUUCUCCGCCCUGCCAGGCAGUGGAGGAAGCAAGAGGCACCACUCCCAGGGCAGAGAGGGGGGGAGUGGGCUCAUGGGAACACACCCCUCUGCAGACCUCUCGCUCUUUGAGAGCCCCUCUAGCUCCUUCUCCUCCGCUGCCUCCUCGCCCUUCAAUUCUCCCCCGCCCACUACGGACGCUCUGCCACCGCCAGCAGUGCUGGCUGCUGGUCCGCUGGGCAUGAGUCCGCAGAGGUCCAGGGGGCGGGUUGGAGUGGGACGGCAGGGGAUGGAGAGACAGAGUGCACGGGUUGUGUUUGAGAAGGUGUCUGGAGAUGAUGUCACUGACGGUGCUGCUGGUUCUGGGGGUGUUGCCUCAAACGAUGGUGGCACUGCCACUCAAACAAGUUCCUCUCUGCGUCCUGCUCCCACCCGCGGCCCAUCCACUCACAUCGUUCUGCCUGCUCCUGACAACUCAGGUGCAGGCGGCACAGAACUGAUUUUGGACGGCAGAGUAACUGGACUGGUGGUGCGUCUGAUGGAGGAGAGGGACGAGGCAGCACUAGAAGGACUGAAAGGAGGAGCAGAGGAGAUUCAUGGGAUGGCAGGAAGGAAGGAUGGGGAGGGGAAGGGGCAUGUGGUGGAGGUGGCAACUGCUUCGCUGAGUGAGGCAUUGGUGCAGGCAGAUGUGAAGCGUGUGAUGGGCCAAUCCAUGCCUGCCACGUGGGCAUCCUGUGGGCGCAUCAGUGGGUUUGAGGUAUGGGGCCCUGUGGGUAACGGGGGGUGCUAUGUCCCUCAUCUCCCUGCAGAUCCUGCGUCUACUACCCCACCAAGCACUUCACAACAGCAGCAGCAGCAGCAGCAGCAGCAGCAGCAGCAGCGGCAGGUGAUAGUGGGCAGUGUGUGGACGCCAGGAGCACAGCCCGGCACUGUAACCUUUGCAGCCCAUGGCGCUCACACAGGGCUAUCUGGGGAGGGCGUGCCUGGGGCAGGCGCCACUCUGCAUGUGGAUGUGGCCGUCUCCCGGCUGCUGCUCGUGGUCUCACAGCCAUUCACACACGGGCUUGUGGGGCAUGUCACACGCUACCUCCCUGCCCCCUCCUUGCCUGCUCCCUCAAUCCACACUGUUGCUAGGAAAAGCGGGGAGGCUGCAUCGGCAUCGCCACUUGCACAGCAUGGUCGGGAGAGGGGGCAGCAGGAGCAGCAGUCACAGCACGCAAGUUUCGCUUCUGCCACUAGCCCCUCACCCUCUCCCCACAUCACACUCCCUGCACGCACCCCUCUCUUUAUGUCCGUCUCUUCUGAUUCCCCGUCUCCAUCCAGCCACCACACAGGAAAGGCCAGAGCAGCCCGAACUACCAUUGCUUCCCCUGCCACCACCCGUCUCUCCCCAUCACCUUUAAGAGGGGGGAUUGCUGUUCGGGGGGGUGGGGUUGUGAAGCAGCUGAGAGGUGGAGGGUCAGCAGGAUGGGCUGGUGGGGAGGGGCGGACCAUCGGGAGCAGCCAAACCAGCCCGCUGGGGGUGAAAGGCAAGGGGAAGAGGGAGAGGGGGGAGGGGGGGAGUGUGGGGGGGCUGGGGAGUGUUGGGGGGGCGGGGAGUGGGUCGGGAGAGGGCGACAGCUGGUCAGGGGCUCAGUUUUUUAGCCCUGUGGGGGAUAGCCCACUGAGAUGGGAAAUGGUGGAAGAGGGGGGUGAGGCGGAGGGCGGAGGGGAGGAGUGGGGGCAAGGGCAAGGGAGAAUGAGAGUGGAGGGGGCUGUGAGGGUAGAGGGGUGUGAGAUUGCUGUCAUUCCCUUAGGCCAGACUCAGAGCUUGCUGCAGCCAUCAGCAGCCAAUCAGCUGCAGCCACGUGGAUCGAAUGGGAUCGUACCAGCAACGACAUCAGGAGAGUGGCGAGACCAUCCGUGCCUUAUCAUUGAGCUGCCUCUCAUCACUGCCAACCUCCCACGCCACGUGGCAUGCUGGGAUUGGUCCUCGUCUGGCACAAUCACAUGGCUGGAUGGGAGAGCGGAGCAGGAAACUAGUGGUAUAAGUGGGGGAAGAGGCAGCGGGGAGGGUGAGAAAGGAAGAGAGAGCACGGUGGGUCAAGACAGGGGUAACGAGGAUGAGCAGUGGGAGGCGGUGGAGGUGAGGGUGGAGGGAUUCAAAGUGAGCAUGGCCACAGGCAAGCUGCUUCCGCUUCGUGAGGUGGUACCUGGUGGGGGCGCAUGUGGUGCAGGGUGGGAGAACGAGGAGGUGGGGUGGGUGGGGGAGAGAGUGCCUGUGGUGCAGCGAGUGGACGUGCUGCUACACGUGGCACUGCCACAGGCUGCUGGGGGCAGCAGCCAGCCCGGUUCUGCACUGCAGGGCGCGGCACAAGGAGUGGGCGUGGGAUCUGAGGCAGCAUCAGGGAUGGUGGAGUCAGGAGGGGAGGUAGCAGUGAUGGGCAGCCCGCAUGAGUGGAUGCGAGUUAUGGUUCAAGUGCCCACGGUCCAACUGCUCCUCAUGGAGAAUUCCCCUGUAAGGGAGGCGGACCUUCUCUCAGGCUCCAUCGCCGCCCUGCUCGCCCUCAUCCCGCCCCAGCCCCCCCCCCAGCAGCCCUCCCCUCCCAUUGCCCUGAGAUUCCACCUGCACCACCUGCACCUGCACAUCACACGAGGCACAACCUCCCUCCCAUCCUCCCCUUCCUCCUCCGCUCAUGGCGCAACCCCCUCGUUCCUUCUUCCCCCUGGCCCUCUCAUCGCCCUCCUCUCCAUCGAUCAUUUGCGCUGCGCUGCAGCGCUGCAACCAUCUGGCCAAUCCGUGAAGGCCACGUGGCAGAGUAUUGCCCUUUGGGGCUUACAGGCAGGGAUGGCAAGCGCUUUCCAACAGCGUGGUAGUGCUGCUGCAGCCUCAGCCAGUGGCCAGGCAAGGCCGCCACCUGCCUUUUCACAGGAAGGAAUGGCAGCAGAUGCACAAGCAGCAGCGGAAGCAGCAAUUGGAGGACCAUCACCAGAAGGGGCGAGGGCAGGAGGAUUUUCUGCAGGAGAGAUUUCAGCGGCAUUGCUGGAGUUUCUGCAAGUGGCUGUGCCUCUCUUUGUGAUCGAGUGUGAGAGGGGCUGUUCUGUGACUCGUGACGCUGCUCAUACCCACCUGUCUCCGUACCUCGCCAUCUCCCUCUCCUCCACCUCAACCCCACCCUCACCCCAUUCCCUUCCCACCACCGCUGCUGCACCCCUCUCCCUCGCUUGUACUCCAUCCCCCUUACAGUCCCCACAUCCCCUUUCUCAACCACUGGCAAGCCUCUCGCUGCUAUCCCAAGAACCGCCUUCCACCCCAGUGAACAUAGCAGUCCCAGCAGCAGCACCACCAGCACAAACACGUGGUGACCCCCAUAACAACACCCAGGCUAUACAUGCAACUGUUCAGCUCCCUUCCCCCAUUCUCUGGGCCUUCCUCCCUGCCUGGUCUCGCCUCGCCGCCCUGCUUGCUGCUAAGGCACCUAAAGGAGGCGACACAGGAGGUGCGGAGGCAGCAGCGGGUGGGCGUGCAAAAGGCGCUAGUGAAGCAGGCGUGGGAGAGCGGCAGGUGAUUGGAAGGAGACGAGGGACGGACGUCAGGGGGGGAGCAGAGGGGCUGACGGGGAUGAUGGGCGUGAGGCUGGGUGAGGCCAGUGGCAGUGUGGGCCAUGGUGAUAUGGAGGGGUUGCUGUGCGCGUCUCUCGAGGAAGGGGCGAGUGGGGGAGCAGAAGGGGAAGCAAUUGGCGUUUUGGUUGGUGAAAUCGGCACAGGCAGUGAUGGUGGUAAUGCAGCAGCAGUAGCUGUGGCAGCAGAAGCAGCAGCGCGUGUGCAUUUGAAGGUGCAUGCAGGUGUGAAGGUGGAUGGAAUCACUCUUGUGCUUCCCAGUCAUAGCACCUCCCAGCGCACCACCCAGGGUGCCUCGCAGCACACCCCUCCCUCUGCUCCUCACACCGGCACCCAGCAGGCAGCACAGCAUCAGAGGGGCGCAGGCACCACAGCCCAUCACUUCAGCCCAGGUAUAUUGCCAGGGGAGUGUGGCAGCAACACGGAGUGGUGCAGUGCGGUGGUGGUGCGUGUGAGGACUGUGCACUCCCACGUGCAAGCCUCUGUACCUGCCAGUACUAGUCUCAGCAGAGCUGAGCUCUCUGCUGGCCUGCACUCUGUGGAACUUGCCUGUGUGCGCCGCCUUGGCUUGGGGCAUUCUGGGAUGGGCCAUGGGGACGGCAGUGGUGAUGGCAGUGCUGCUGGUGCUGCAGACCUGUUCACGCCUGACUCGCUUCAUCUCCCUCCGGCCUCCCUCAGUGCUGCUUCCUUGCCUCCAAGCUCCAACCCUUUCUCCUUCCGCCUUAGCUGCUUCCUGCCUCCUCCUACAGAUGCUCCUCCACCUGCCCCUGCCCCUGCAUCUGCCCCAACCGCAUCCAACUCACCAUCUGUUCGUCUGCCGCCUCCUCCUCCUGCCUCGAUGCGCGUGCUGCAGCUGGCAGGGCUGCAGGUGCGACUGGCAGCGGCUGCUGCUCCCUCGGGCAGUGGAACAGCGAUGAGUGCAGAUGGGCUUGAUGCUGGUGCUGGGAGAGUGGAGGAGGAGGGGGACGGCGGGUCGGGCAGAGUAAGAGAAGAGGGAGGUUCAGCAUUAGGGAGAUAUGCAGAGGAGAUACGUGAAAACAACAUCACGGUUUCUGGUGGUGGUGUUGGUGGUCGCAGCAGUGCACUUGGCAUGAUUUGCCUGAAGGAUCUAGUGGAACUGGAGAGAAGGGAGCAGGAGAACGUAGUGGCAGUGGUGGCGGAGAGUGAGGAGGACAGCGAGCCCCUCUUUCACCUCUCCCUCAGCACCACAGCAGGCCACGCCCUUGCAUGCCUGCCCAGUGGCCACCUGCACGCCUCUCUUGCUACCACUCUCGCUCUGCACUAUCUCAACCAGGACAAGGCUGCCUUAGAGCCUCUUUGUGAGCCGUGGCCCUUCCAGCUUUCAGCCUCUCUGCACUCCCUCUCCUCCCUCACCAACCCUCAAUCUGCCUCCGCCUCCACUCUCCCUCCACCCCUCCUCUCCACUUCCUCCUCCUCUCCCUCUGCCUCCUCCACCGCUCUCACCUCCUUGGCUCUCACCUCCUCCCAUCCUCUCAAUCUCAAUUUCACGCCAUCACUCCUCGAGGCGCGCCACGUGUCAUCACACUAUUGGGUGGAAAACUAUACCGGCGUGACGCUGCACCUCUGGUUCAGCGAGGACUUCUCAGACCCCAAGUAUUCAGCACCACCAUCAGCACCAACUUCUGCAUCAGCAUCAGCACCCACCGUUCCUCCCACCAACCCACCGCACAUCACAGUGCCUGUUGGCGCCUGCCUGCCUCUCUCCCUCUCCUCUCGCCUCUCUCGUCCUCGCACCCGCUCCUCCUCCCUCGGGGCAACUGCACCAUACUCCACCGCACACCACGCCUCUCAUUCCUCAAGAAUCCCCCAGGCACAGGCAGGCAGCCAUGGCAGGGGCAGCAGCAGAGGAAGGGCAACGAGCCUCACAGGCAGCACCGCAGCAGCAGGAAUGGCAGGCCGGCGAUUGUGGGUGCGAGUGGGAGUGGACGGCAGUGACUCAGUCUGCCGGCCACUGCUGCUGGAGGGCGGCACGCGGCUGGCCUUCCCUGUCUCAUACAUAGCAGGGGGGAGCAGAUGUGAAUGGGAAAGGGGAGCUGAGGGCAUGGCUUUGCAAGGGCUCAGAAUGGGGUGGGGAGAGGACGGGGCGACAGGGGUGGGGCUGCAAGGGGUGGCGGCAGUGGAAGGGGGGGCAGCGCGGGUGCACGGGACAGUGCUGCUAGAGGUGGUUCGAGAGGGGCGCAAGCACCGGAUUGUGCUUCGCUCCCUCGUUUCAAUCGUCAACGCCUCGCACACGCCCCUGAUACUCCAAGCUCAUCACAGCCACCGUCUUGACUUGCCUGUGGAAGACGUGGGGGUGUGUGGCGCGAAGAGCACCCUGCAUCUGCCUCUGCACCUCACCUCGUCCACCUCUCUCCGCUGGCGACCGGUGCAGGGGCCGUGGGCGUGGAGCGAGGAGACUCGGCUUGACGAUGCUCUGGUGGCCCCUGCUGCUGCCACUGUCACUUGCACUGGCAGCAGUGGCUUGGAUAGUACUGGCAGCAACAGCAGCAUGAGUGCUAUCACCAGCACCAGUAGCAGCAGUGGCACCGGUGGUGUGGCACCGUUGCUCACCCGCUCUGCUUCGUCCUCUUCCAUCUCUACUCCCGGAAUUGCUGCCUCUCUUGACCUGCUUCCACCCUCCCUCUUCUGCCUCUCUCUCACCGCCUCCCAAUCGCCUCUGCCUCUCAGCUUACCACCCGUGGCACCCUCGCAUUGCCCCAUCGCUUGGACACCUGUCACCAGUCCACCUCACAGGGCCACCGCUGCUGCCCACCGCUCCCACUCGCCUCCCCUCACCGCCACCAACCGUCCAAAUACCAGCAGCCCCCCUCUCACCCUCCGCCGUAUUUCGUCCUCUAGCGCCGAUGCCGUCGCCAUCGCUGCAGCUGCUGCAGCCCAAGCUGCUGCUCUCCUAACCAAUUCGCACCUCCCUGCUCCACCUGCCAGGUCAGCAGGCACUGCCAGCGUGGCAACAGCAGUCCAUGGCGCCACAUCACCCCAUGCCACGAGCCCCUCUUAUCCUCUCUCCAGGAGCGGCAGUGCUGUCAGCAUUGGCUGCCUUUCUCCUGUGCUCACCUCGUCAGCUGCACCUAUGGAUGGCCGAAGGGCAGGAGGCAGGAGAAACAACCAACACGUUCUGCUGCCAACCACCAUCCACAUUCCUCCUGGCUCAUCAGUGGAGGUAUUUGACUUCGCCGCACACCACACCCUGCAUGCCACGCUGCUCGUCCCUGGCUUUCAAGAGUCUCCACCUCUGCUGCUGCCCGUGCCGCCUGCUGCCAGCACCAACAGCGGGCGGCAAGGGGGGCAGAAGAAGAGGGGAUGGAGGGGAAAAGAUGGGGAGGAGGGACAGGACAGGCAGGGGGAAGAGUGGCAGCAUCACAAGGAGGAGGAGGUGCUGCUCACUCGCGUCACAGGUCCCUCCGUGCCCCUGCACCUGAUCCACCUGCACCGCCCUGCCUCUGCCUCCCGCUGCCUGCACCUGCUAGCCCCCUUCACCAUCGUCAACGCCACCGACCUCCCUCUCUGCCUCUCCGACGCUCACCUCCACACCUCUCCCUCCUCCCACCUCUUCCUCCCCCCGCACCCCGCCCUUCUCACAAGCGACAACCUGGCAGCUGCCACAUCAGCGUCUCAUCCGACUGCAUUGGUGGCGAGCGGUGUGCCGCUUGUGCCAGCUGGCAUCGCAGCAGGGGGGGGUGGAUUGGGAGGGUUGGCAGCGGUGCUUCCCGGGAUGAGCCAAGGAGUGAGCGAUGCUGCUGGUGGCUCUGAUACAAGGGCAGACUCACAUACCCCUGCAGCCGCAAGCGUAGGCACUGCAGAAAAGGGUACAGGAACGAGAAGCGAGGGCAGUGAAAGAGGAAGAGAGGAGAUAAGCCAGGGAGGAGCAGCGCUGCAACCCCCUAUGGCUCUCUUCACUCCUGCCCCUCCCGCACCUGCUCUUGAUGCUGACUCUGCUGCUUCUGGCGCCACUACAGGACUGCAUCCCACCCAACCAGCACUUGUGCUGCGAGUGGGGGGCACUGCUGCUGCUGCUUCUGCCACAGCUGCGGGCCUUGGUGGUGCUGGGGGCAUGCGCUCUCUCAAUGCCCCUCCGCCUUCCACUGUGCCUGACUGGAGCCACGUGUCGCUGCCUGGUUGGUCGGCAGCUGUCCCUGUGGAGCCAACAGGGGGGGUGGCAGAGGUGCUGAUUCCGCAGCAAGCAGGAAACAGCAGCGGCGGCGGCGGUGGUGGCAGCGGUGGUGUUGCUGCUGGUGGUGGUGCCUUUGCGCUGAGUCUCACCUGUUGUGAUACUCUUGGUGCCUCUGCUGGCCGUUCUAAGACCAUCACCCUUCGCCCUCGGUCUCUGCCCCAUGCCAUGCUACUUGACUACCCCCGUUGCUCGUACGUACUAGCCAACUGCCUGGCAGCGGACAUAAGGGUGAAGCAGCACGGCACGGACCGGCACAUUCUCAUCAAGGCUGGAGGCAACGCACCCAUUCACUUCACCAAACUGCAGCGUCGCCUCUACCUGUCACUGCGCCUGGCUGACAGCAGCUGUGAGUGGUCGGGUGCCUUCCGCCCCUCCCAGCUAGGCGACACCCAGCUCAAACUGCGCUGUUCUCCCUCCCCCUCCUCUUCUCCCUCCUCACCCCUCGGCCUCACCCGCAUCGUGAGGGUCGACGUGUCACUGGCCGAACCCCACCUGCCCCACGCUGCUGCUGUCACGCAUGCAGCAGCCGCUGCUCCCACUGACGCUGCUGCCAGCACUGCAAGGAACACCAGUGGAAGCAGUAGCAUCAGUGGAGGGGGCAAGAGCGGUGGGAACUCUGGGAACGCUGAGGCAGAAGGGGUUGGCACUGGUGGUGGCAGCAGCAGUAGUGGCAGCGGCAGGGGUGGCGAGGGCAGUGCCGCCAAGUGGAGUGGGGGCGGCACGUACCUGGUGGUGAUUGGGGAGGACGACUCUGGCUUCAUGCCCUUUCGCAUUGACAACUGCUCCCGCGAGGUGCUGCGGUUCUACCAGCGGGGGUGCGAGGGGCUGGGCCACACCGACUCCCUCAAACCCUUUGCUGCCACGCCCUACGCAUGGGACGAACCCUGCCGCCCACACCGACUCGUGCUUGAGGUACCAGGCGAGGGGGGCAGCAUGGGUCACUUCCCCUUGGAUCAAGUCAAGCACUUCCCGCUUGUCGUCCUUCCCGCUACCCCUCAGAGGGAGCAGCGGCGCCUGCGAGUAUCUGUGUCAGCACAAGGACCAAUCAGGGUGCUCUCUGUGUGUGACAUCGACCUCUUCCCUCCUCCCUCCUCCCUCCCCCCACUCCGUCUCAAGCACUUACCCAUGCCACGUCACGCUGAGCUGGCAUUCGGUCAGCAGCACCAGCCAUGGAAUCUCUCCUCCAAAUCCCCCACCGUCCCCCAGUCUUCCUCCUCCUCUCUUCUCGAACUUCUCCUGAGCGUGCGCAUCCCCCUUAUAGUCCUCUCCGUUAUAGACGCUCGCCCUCAGGAGCUACUGCUGCUAUCCCUACACCGCCUCUCCGUCUCCCUCUCCCGCUCAGCGCACCAACACUCCCUCUCCUGCCUCCUCUCCCACCUCCAACUCGACAACCAACUCCCCAACGCCCUCUUCCCUAUCCUCCUCGCCUCCUCCUCCCCUCCUCUCUCCCUCACUCGCUCCACACCACCACCCUUCUCGUCACCAUCAUCACCCUCCCCGUUCUCCAUGCUCCACCCAUCCCACACCUCACCAAGCCUCGCGCUGCUACAAGCUGCUCUCCAUACGCCCUCCCUGCUGCUCUCCUCUGUCCUCCACCACACGUCCCAACAGCAACAUCAAGCUCCUUCCCACAGUGCCCUGCUGCAAGCGCCUUUCCAAGCCAGCCUGCAAGGGGGCCAAGCAGCGGUGGCAGCAGACGUGGUGGCGUGGCGGCAGAGAGUGGGCUCCGUGCUCUGUGUGGAGAGCGUGAGGGUCGGCCUCGCCCCACUCUCUGGAGCUCGAGGAGCAUCUGCUGCUGCGCCUGCUCGACUUCUCCCGCACCUGCAUCGCCGCCCUCUCCGCCCUCGGCCCCCCCUCGCCCUCCUCCUCGCCUCAUUCCUCCUCUCUUGCAUCCAGCAGCAAGGGUUGGCAGCAGUGGGGGUGGUGGGCGGGCAGGGCAUGGACACAUCCCCGCACAUAAAAGGCACCGCCAACAUGUACAUAGAGACCAUGGCCGUCCGCCCCAUCCACAUCACCAUCAGCUUCGCCAGUGCACCAUGGGCGGCGGAUCAGAGCAGGGGGGCGGCAACACAGGGGGUGUUGGGGGCGCUGGGAGCGGUGGUGCAGAGGAGUGUGCUGUCGCUGGCGGACGUGCAGGGGGCGCCGCUGGGGCUGUCUGCGUGGCAGCUGGAGCACUUCUUUGGCGGGCCGGCGUCGCUGGGAGCGAGGCUUGAGCGGCACUACACGCUGCAGCUGCUGCAGGCGCUGUACAAGGGGGUGCUGUGGGCGCUGGGAGCGGCGGUGCAGCGGAGUGUGUUGUCGCUGGCGGACGUGCAGGGGGCGCCGCUGGGGCUGUCUGCGUGGCAGCUGGAGCACUUCUUUGGCGGGCCGGCGUCGCUGGGAGCGAGGCUGGAGCGGCACUACACGCUGCAGCUGCUGCAGGCGCUGUACAAGGUAAGACCAGUGCUCUACAAGGUGGUGGGGUCAGCGGACUUCCUGGGCAACCCGGUGGGGCUGCUCUCGUCCCUCUCUGCCAGCCUCUGGGACCUGCUCGCCUCGCCCACCCACACACUGCUCAUGCGCCGGAGCCCGGCAGGGUUCGCCAAGGGGGUGUGGGCGGGGUGGACGAGCCUGCUGCGUACCACCCUCUUCGCCCUCUCGCACUCCGCCUCCCGCAUGUCCCAUGCUGCUUCCAAGGGAAUGGCAUCGCUGGCAUGGGACGAGGAGAACGAGGAUGGCAUGGAGCGGGCGGGGCAGGCAUGGGCCCCUCACGCCUCAGACGAAGCCUCCUUCUUCGCCUCACUUAUACAGGGCGUGACAGGCCUCUUGGACCGUCCAAUCAGGGGGUGGGAGAGGGGCGGUCUCCCUGGCCUUGCAUCCGGCCUGACACAGGGAGUGUUGGGAGUGGUGGCGCGACCAGCAGCAUCAGCACUGGCGCUGGCAGCAGCGACAGCAGAGAGCAUCCGCAACGUGGCCCGUCCACCCGGCCCCUCCCAGGCUCUGCACCCGCUGCGCCUGCCAAGGCAGCUGAGCCCUGGGCGCCCCCUCGCCCCCUACUGCCACUCCCAAGCAGCUGCCCAAGCUGCCUUGGCCGAGGGUGCAGGAGGGGCGUGGCGCGAUGAGGAUGCCCUGGCUUGCUUCCAAGUGGUCCCUGCACCGCCAGCACCAGCGUCAGCAGCAACAUUAGUACCAGUAUUGCCUGGCAUGUCAGUGACACCAGAAGAGGCAUUCGUUAUAGUCACACCGUCACACAUGCUGCACGUGUGGAGGGUGGCAGCAACAGGCCGGCACAGCAGGAGCCAAAGAGCCAGCCAAUGGCAGGUGGCAUGGGCUGUGCCUCUGAGGGACGUGAUUGGCUGCUGCAGCAUGCAGCCCGUUGACUCACAUGUGCUGCAUGGGAGUGAGGACACAGCAGAUGCGAAUGAGCAUACAGCACUUGGGAGUGCAACAGAGGCAGCAGGUGCAGCAGAAGCAGAGGGCAAGGCAGCAGGCCAUGCCUCAUCACCACAUCGUGCUGCCUCCAUCGCUCCUGCCACUGAUGCUCUCCUCCCACCUUCUCCUGCUGCAAUUGAAGCUCAACCCCUGUUGUCGCCCACCCCACUGCUGCCUGCCACUGUGGAAGGAGGGCCAAGUGAGGGUCACUCUGCAAGUGUGGACGCCACUAAAGCGUCAACAGUUGUUGGAAAGGCGGCGCAGCUCAUCAUGUCCCGAGGCCAUCUGCUCUUCCCGCAGGCGCGCCGUGCGGCCGCCGCGGCGUGCAGGGUGGACGCGCUGGUUCCCGCAGCAGCAGCAGCGCCGCGCAGCAGCGGACGCCUUUUCAGCUCCUCGAGCUCCGCGCCGCCCGCGGACGGCGAGGCGCCGAAGCAGGAGCUGACGCCGGUGCAGGCGGAGUGGGCGAAGCGCGCGUCCAAGGAGAUCAAGGGCGGGGAUGCAUUCGAGGAUCUCAAGACGCUCUCGCCCGAGGGCAUCUGGAUCAAGCCCGUCUAUUCCUACUCCGACGUGCCCGAGGAGUCGAAGGCCGAGAUGCCGGGCGUCUUCCCCUUCUCGCGCGGCCCCUACGCCACCAUGUACACGCAGCGCCCCUGGACCAUUCGCCAAUACGCCGGCUUCAGCACGGCGGAGGAGUCGAACGCGUUCUACCGGCGGAAUCUGGAGGCGGGGCAGAAGGGGCUGUCCGUGGCCUUCGACCUCGCCACGCACCGCGGGUACGACUCGGACCACCCCCGCGUGGUGGGAGACGUGGGCAUGGCGGGCGUGGCGGUGGACAGCGUGGAGGACAUGAAGGUGCUCUUCGGCGGCAUCCCGCUCGACAAGAUGUCCGUCUCCAUGACCAUGAACGGGGCCGUGCUGCCGGUGAUGGCGUUUUUCAUUGUCGCUGCACAGGAGCAGGGUGUGGACCUGGCCAAGGUGGCGGGCACGAUUCAGAACGACAUACUGAAGGAGUACAUGGUGCGCAACACCUACAUCUACCCGCCCGCGCCGUCCAUGCGCGUGGUGGGCGACAUCAUGGCGUACACGUCCCGCCUCAUGCCCAAGUUCAACUCCAUCUCCAUCUCUGGCUACCACAUGCAGGAGGCGGGCGCUGACUGUGCGGUGGAGAUGGCAUUCACCAUCGCUGACGGGUUGGAGUACAUUCGGUGCGGCAUGGAGUCCGGUGUGGGCGUGGAUGACCUAGCUCCGCGCUUCUCCUUCUUCUGGGCCAUUGGCAUGAACUUCUACAUGGAGAUCGCCAAGAUGCGGGCAGCACGACGUGUGUGGGCCAAGCUCGUCAAGGAGAAGUUCAACCCCAAGAACUCCAAGUCGCUCGUCCUCCGGACGCACAGUCAGACAUCCGGCUACUCCCUAACCGAGCAGGACCCAUACAACAACGUCAUCCGCACCACAGUCGAAGCCAUGGCAGCAGUCCUAGGCGGCACCCAGUCCCUCCACACCAACGCCUUCGAUGAGGCCCUCGCUCUGCCCUCCGAGAUGAGCGCACGCAUCGCCCGCAACACACAGCUGAUUCUCCAGGAAGAGACCGGGAUCACCAAUGUGGCGGAUCCCUGGGGCGGGUCGUACAUGAUGGAGGCGCUGACUGCGGAUCUGGAGAGGCAGGCGCUGGUGAUCAUAGAGGAGGUGGAGGCGGCUGGUGGCAUGACCAAGGCUAUCAUGUCUGGCAUGCCUAAGAGGAAGAUCGAAGAGUGCUCUGCUCGCAAACAGGCACGAGUGGACAGCGGGCUGGACGUGGUGGUGGGGGUGAACAAGUACCGACUCAAGGAGGAGGAGGGCGUGGAGCUGAGGCACAUUGACAAUGCCGCUGUGCUCAAGAGCCAAGUGAAACGCCUUGGGGAGCUACGCGCCUCGCGUGACAAUGACAAGGUGAAGGCGGCACUGGCAGCGCUAACAGCAGCGGCGAAGAGCACGGAGAGAGGCGAGGGGUGCAACCUGCUGGCUCUCGCAGUGGAGGCGGCGCGAGUGCGGUGCACACUGGGAGAGAUCAGUGACGCGCUCGAGGCUGAAUGGGGGCGCCACGUUGCCGACUCCACCAUCUCCACUGGCGCCUACAGGGGCGAGUACGGGCGCGCCACAGGAGGCCAGGACACGGAGGAACUCGCAGCAGUGAAAGCAGCCGUGGAGGCCUUUGAAAAGAGCACCGGGCGGCGCCCGCGUGUGCUCAUCGCCAAGAUGGGGCAAGACGGGCACGACCGCGGCGCCAAGGUCGUAGCCACCGGCCUGGCAGACCUGGGAUUCGACAUUGACAUCGGGCCUCUCUUCCAGACGCCUGCAGAGGUGGCGCGGCACGCCAUGGAAGCCGAUGUGCACGUGGUGGGUGUGAGCUCGCAAGCUGCUGGGCACAAGACGUUGGUGCCGCAGCUGCUGGAUGAGUUGAAGGCGCAGGGGAUGGAGCGGGUGCUGGUGAUUGCGGGGGGCGUGAUUCCCCCGGAUGAUUAUCAGUUCCUGUUUGACAAGGGCGUCGGGGCUAUCUUUGGCCCGGGGACCCGCAUUCCCAAGUGCGCGCUGGAGAUCUUGGAGAAGAUUAAGCCGGAGGCUUAA